AUGCACGACGCCGUUGCAGGCGAUGCAGUUUCAGACGCCGAAUGGCUGCGGAUCCCGGACUCGUUGUUCUACUCCAUCAUGUCCGCCGAGCCGGUCGUCAACCCCAACUACCACGAGUCCAAGGCCAUGUCGGAUCCUUGGGUCGCUAGGGCAUUAGGGCUCGACGAGAAACAGGCCCGGAAAUGGGCCAAGCUGGACAUCGCGUACAUGAGCGCAAUCUGCACGCCGCGGGCGGACUUGGAGGUACUCAAGCUCAUGAACGACUGGAACGGUUGGGUGUUUGCGUUUGACGAUCCAUUCGACGAAGGAGCCUACACCUCAGACCCCAUCAAGGCCGCCGAGGAAGUCAUCGCGACGCUCGCCGUGCUCGACGACCUGCACCCGCCAGUGUGCUCCGUCCAGCAGCCCGUGCGGCACGCCUUGCAGUCAUGUUGGCAGCGCUUCUCGAAGCUCGCCCCGCCACAGCUCAAGUACCGGUGGAAGAGGCAGCUCACCGCGUAUGCCGUCGGCGUGCUGCAGCAGGUCGGUGUCCAGGCCAGGACUGCUGCAGGAGAGAGGGAGGGCAAGGCGGCCAAGCCGCCGACGAUCGAGGAGUACAUGGAGUACCGCGCAGGAUGCGUUGGCGCUUAUCCCUGCUUGGGCCUCAUGGAAUUAGCAGAGGGCAUCGACCUGCCACAUGACGUUGUGGACCAUCCAUCGUUGAGUGGGAUUGCCAGGGUCACGGUAGACCUUGUCACGCUGCAAAACGACAUAUGCUCCUUCAAGAAGGAUAUUGACUCGGGCGAGACUGCCAACAUCAUGUUCCUGCUCAAGGACCAGGGCAUGACCACCCAGGAGGCUGCCGAUCGCGUCGGCCAGAUGCUGCACGACUGCUACCGUCGCUGGUACACCCACCUCGUGGCUCUGCCGUACUGGGGCGACAGCAUAGACCGCCAGGUGCUCAAGUACAUCGAGGGUUGCCGGAACUUGGCAUUGGGCAAUCUGACUUGGAGUUUGUACACGCCUCGAUACAUGGGCGACCAGGGCCAGCGCGUGCGGGCCACGCGCAUGAUCAAACUGCGGUGAAUCAGUCACCCGUGUGGUGUCGCCUGAUCAUGCGCCGAGCAUCGUAGGAUCGGAGAGGUUCGAUAUCAGAGGCGUCCACUUGCGUAAAUCGCCAAGUAGACUUGCAUCAUGGGAGGACAUAGUGUUUUUUUGACAUCAAGUUCUGAAGCGUCGGAAACGGGCCGCAUCGCAAAGGCAAGCAAGCAAGCAAGCAAUCAAUCGCAUUUUGAACCAGGGGCGGGGGGAGGCAUGCAAGAAUGUAUUCUCGGAAGCAAUCGCAUUAUCUAUCAUGUCUGGCCAGGCCAAUAGAGCCUGGGCUUUGCUUGAUAUGACGAGUUAUGAUGGAGUUGUGGUUUCGCUAGAUUUAGAUAGCAUCUAUCGUUGGCCACUUUCCUAAAUUUUAAAGAUUUUCAAUCCUGA